AUGAAAUCGGUCGAUGAUGACAACUUUCCUACACGAGUCUGUGCAUGUCCAGCGCACGAGACGGGCACGUACCAGUUCUGGUAUAAUUCUCGAAAAUCAUCUGCAUACUGCGAGCGUGCUUGCUUGACUCUGGAGCAGCUCCCGUGUAAGCUGUUCAUUUUCCUGGGCCAUGAGCCUAUCAUCCUCGCAUGA